AUGGCCACCACCACCGUCACUCUCCCCGCCGAAACGAUCGACGACCUCAUUUACGACGCCCGCUCCGGCGACCUCGACGCCCUCAAGGAGGACCUCGCCGCCUGCAGCAGCCAAUACCCGGGUAUCUCGCAGGGGGCCAUCGUGGCCGCCGCCAUCGACGCUGCUCCUGAAGCUGAGGGAGGCAGCGGCUCCAGCCUGUUGCAUUUUCCUGCCGCGAAUGGGAAUACUGAAAUCCUAACCUACCUUCUCACCCUCCUCGCGGCGGAGGACGAGGCCACCCGCCGCCGCAUCGUCAACCAUCGCAACCACUCCGGCAACACGCCGCUCCACUGGGCAGCCCUGAACACGCAUCUGGAAUGCGUCAAGGCGCUGGUCGAGGCCGGCGCGGACAGCUCGGUCAAGAACGAGGCCGGGCUCGACCCGGUGUUUUUGGCGGAGCGCGCGGAUUGGUCGACUCAGGAGGAGACCACCACCUCCACUGCUGCCACCGAGGGGGCUGAGGGUGACGCAGAAGCAGCGGCUGCGGAUCCUGGCAAGAUGUCUAAGGGGAGACAGGUGGUUGAGUGGAUGUUGAGCGCCGAGGUGGCGGCUGCUGGAGGCGAUUCGGAGACGGUGGUGGCUUCGGCGGGAGUGCCGGUUACUGGCAAUGGGGAUGAGUGA